CAUGUCUGGCUUGGCUUCGUCAAAAUAGAGCGACUCAAAGUGUAACUCUCCUUCAGGGAAAGAUGGGAGGGAUGAGUCUGCAACGACAACAUCACAGACAGAAAAAUAUCAUAUGAGAUAGCGUCUGAGAAAAUAUAUUAUUUCAGUCAGCACAAGGACUAAUACAUUAUAUUUAUUUGAUAUCUGCAGACUGAAGUCUAUUUUGGAUUGAUCCCUUAUAACAUAUUAUGCAAGAAUGGAGAUUGUUUAUAUGUUCACCAGUAAGUUAUAUGUAGGUAGGGCCUAGACAGUUGAUGCACCUUCAUUUGCCAGAGACAGACAGAGACAGAUAGACAGGGUGGAAGUGGUAGCCUACAUCUCUAAGGGAUGGAGGUAGGUCUGGGGCUUGUGUUCUACAUCUGAAAGUAAAACCACAGCACGGCUGACAUGUUGAAUCUACGGUGAGUACAUCGACAUAAACACCUUCUUCUUUAUGUGUGACUUUUUUUUUUUUUUUUAUGGCAAAGCAAAUGCUUUUAACAUACUGUGAUUUUCUGCCAUUUUAAAUUAACAUAUUAGUUUAAACUAUUUUGUAGUUCUCUUUGUGUGCUGUCUGUCUGUCACUACUUGUCAAUGUGUUUUGUUCUAUUUCUGUAUCCCCAUUUUGACAGGAAGCUUCAUGAUGCAAUAACAGAUGUAAAAACUAAACUCACUCUCUUCCUGUCAGAAAUCAGAAGAGCUUUAAUAGGAAAUGAAAAGCUGGCAAACAUGAAAUCAUUACAUGUCUCUUGGUAAAACUGAACAACUAAAUGCACAAAGAAAAUGCAAUGACAUAUAUAGUUUGAAUUUACCUAUCCUAUUCUACCUAGAAGAUAGAACAAAACUUUGCUGAUUUGUUAACGGAUUCAUUUUCAGGUAAGCGUUAUGCAGGUUGUAGUUAGAGCACUGCACCUUCACUGACAUUUAGUGCAAUUACUUCCUAAAAGUGUUUGUUUUUGUUUUUCUGUCUUUGUUAUUAUUUUCCAUCUCAUAUGAUAUUUUUCUGUCUGUGAUGUUAUUGUUGCAGACUCAUCCCUCCCAUCUUUCCUUGAAGGAGAGUUACACUUUGAGUCUGUGCAUUUUGACGAAGCAAAGCCAGACAUGUCUCCUGGAACGUUACCGGUGCUGAGAGAGGAAGAGGAAGAUGUAGGACAGGAAGAGAUAGAGGGAGAGCCUGGUGGAGAAACUGAAACUGUAUCUGACCAUAUCUCAGUGGAGAUAUAUGAUGACGAAGAGGAGACUCAACAUAUUGAUGAGGAAGAGAUAGGUUCAGGAGAAGAGGAGACUCAACCUAUUGAUGAGGAAGAGAUAGGUUCAGGAGAAGAGGAGACUCAACAUAUUGAUGAGGAAGAGAUGGGUUCAGGACAUGAGGAUAGUCAACCUAUUGAUGAGGAAGAGAUGGGUUCAGGACAUGAGGAUACUCAACCUAUUGAUGAGGAAGAGGCAGAGAUGAUGGACUCAGGAGAAGAAGAGGACACAGGAAUAAAGAACCUUGGCUCGCCAGGGGGUUGGUCUGUGGUUGUUCACUACGAUGAAGAAAGCCGGGAUGGUGCACUCCAGGACAUAGAGAAGAUUGUAACCACAGGACAACCUUUUGCCGAACAAGACAGUGAAAACCGUGAAGACAGAAACGCAGAGCAAGGUGCUUUCGAGAACAGUGAUGUGAGGUGUUUUGUGGGUGUCACUGAAGACGUGACCAUGGAGAUCACAGCAGAUAUAUGUGAAGAAGGGGAAGAAAACCAAGAGGAAUCAUCUGAUUCAGACCUGGAGGUCCUGACUAGCUCUAUCACCAAAAAACAGAGAAAAGAGGGAAAUAAAGUAGCGAACUUACUCUCCCAGCAGACUGUUCCUCAGGAGAAUGAAGAGGAAGACGAGCAAGAAGAAGAUGGAGCUCCAGAGGUUGUUUAUGAUUGGCCAGAUCCUGCAGCAACACAGAAUGUGCAAGCUCUUAUGGUCAACGCCUUUGUGGAACACCCGCUUCAGAAGAAAAUUAAGGAGUUCCAAUUGGACGACAACCAAGAGGCGGAUGAAAGAUUUGCAGAUUACCCCUCUGUCUGCUCUCCGUGUAAAUACAAAAAGGACGGAGGAAAACUGUCUAGUCCCUUGGAGGGUAUCUGGAAUACAGAAGAGAAAGUAGACGUCAUGGAAGAGGUAACAGCCUCUAUCUCUCCACGCGUAGAAGGUGAGCAAGAUUUAGCAGAUUCUGCAAUGUUUAAUACCAAUAUUGACACUAGCAUGAGGAAGAGUAUUGGAUACCAUCUUGAACCUCAGAGUGACAGCAAUAGUUCCAGUGGCAGUUCUAGUGAGGAUGAGGAGGAACAACAGAAGUAUAAGGAAGAACAUCAAGCGCUGCCAAGAUACCAGGGUCUUCCUCGGAGAGACCGGGGGUCUGAGGAUUCUCCUCUUCAAGUUCAGUGGGGAGGUGGAGAGGAGGACGGCUCCAAGCAGAGCGUUGCUGCCGACCUGCAUCUUUCAGAAACCAUCUCCGAUGUCCCCACGUUUACCCUUCACAGUGAGGCCAGACGCGGUAGAGCAGCUAUAACUAUCUCCAGAGGUACCGGCAACAUGUCACCAUCUGGCUCUGAGGAAAGUUUGCCCGGAGCGUUGUGGACAUCGGAGGCUGAACAAAGAGAGGAUAAACGAGAGACUUGGCUUUGGGGUGAGGCUGGGCCAGCCUCUGAGGAUAGUUUGCCCGGAGCAUUGUGGACAUCGGAGGCUGAACAAAGAGAAGAUAAACGAGAGACUUGGCUUUGGGGUGAGGCUGGGCCAGGCGCUUUAGAAGAGGAACAUCUUUGCAAAGUUCAACUGGAAGUAGCAGGAAGGUUGAAGAGCCACAUUCACACUGAUAUAAACUGGGACACAGGGGAAAAUAAUGCGGAAUGUGGUGGUUUAAUUCAAGAUUACCAACAUGACGCGUCUGGAAUCACAGAGAGUGGAGAACUUGCAGACGAAGAGGAUGACGAAGAGGAUAAUAGGAGUUGGGAACAAGAGAAAGAGAGAAUCAAGGCAUUCUACAAGUUUUAUAAUGAUGAAGAGGAAGAGGGGGAGAAUGCCACUGGAACAGAAGGUGAUUUUUCAGGGAGGAGGCCUAGAGUUCAGUUCUGCAUGAAUCCCCUGCCUCAAGUCAUUGAAUACACAGACAGUAGUGAUGUUGAUUUGGUCGACAACUUAUCUGAUGGAGACGAGGACCUGGAUUCUACAGAAAGGCUUGAAGAGCAGAGUGAGCCUGAGAGACAGAGAAUGAGUUUACCCGAGACUCGGGAGCCACAAGGAGAACUACAAGAUCUCAGCAAAAUGCCUCAGACCCACACCAAGAGAGACCAGUGUCUGAGGGUGCUAAAGUUACUGGUGAAGAUAACCCUGUUGACAGUGAUUGGACUUCUGACAUUUUGGUGGACAAGAUACCAACUGGACUUGGACUGGUGAUUUGGCUAAAAUUGUCUUGCCUAACGACUGUACUGUAUUGUCAAUGUGUCUGAAUAUAAUUAGAACGUAAAAAGUAGCAGUAGUUAAGUUUUAAAAAAGGGCUUACUUGUAAGGCAAAUGCUAUCUCGUUAUAUACUGUAGUUGCUGUCACUUAUUUGUAUCAUGGCAUCAUCUUUAUCUAUUUUGAGGAUAAUAAAGGGGUAUGUUUAUAGUCCCAUUCGAC